UGACGGUUUUCAACCUUUCAGUACAAAAGAGGAAGCUUGCUUGAUUCUCUGCGGCGGCGCCAUUCACUAAUGGAUCCGGUUGUUUCAAUUUCGGUGCUUUCGGUUCUUCUCGGAGCUGUGAUAGCUCUCCUUUUCUUCAAAACAUACUUUCUCAAGCGGAGAUCGGAAGUCCAGUCCACUGCCAAAGCGGAGCUCCAACCGUCCGAUCCAAAAAAGCCUUCUAAGCCGCCUCAGCUUGUGCCUAGAAAAUCUCACUUCAAAGUUCACUCUCACGCCUCUGACAAGGAUCAAAACAAGCGUCAUCAUCCUUUAGAUUUGAAUACUCUCAAAGGUCAUGGGGAUUCGGUAAUGGGAUUAUGUUUCUCGUCUGAUGGGCGGAGUUUGGCAACAGCUUGUGCUGAUGGAGUGGUUAGGGUAUUUAAAUUGGAUGAUGCUUCAAGUAAAAGUUUCAAGUUUCUGAGAAUUAGUGUGCCUGCUGGAGGUCAUCCAACUGCUGUUGCAUUUUCAGAUGAUGCAUCUUCUGUAGUUGUUGCGUCUCAGACUCUUUCUGGUGGUAACUUGUACAUGUAUGGAGAAGAAAAGGUGAAAACUUCAAAUGAUAACAAGCAGCAAUCAAAAUUUCCCCUCCCAGAAAUUAAAUGGGAACAUCAAAAAGUUCAUGAAAAGAGAGCAAUUUUGACCCUAGCUGGAACUACUGCAAGUUAUGGCAGUGGAGAUGGGAGUACAAUUAUUGCCUCGUGUUCAGAAGGGACUGAUAUUAUACUUUGGCACGGUAAAAAUGGGAAAAUUUUGGGGAAUGUUGACACAAAUCAGUUGAAAAAUAACAUGGCUACUGAUGAGCUAAAUUUAUAUACAUAUUAAUAGGAAAUUUUUACUUUGAUUUUAUUGAUAUUUGGAUGAGUUUUAUGGGAUUUUGUUUGAUUUUACAUGGUUUUCAUUCUUUGUGUAGGAAAAGAUUUAAUUGGAAGAAAUUCUACUUUUUAGAAGUAAAUUGAAAAAAUCAGAGACUUGAGGAUCAACUUGUGCAGAAUCCAGAAGUCAGGAACCAUAUCUGCUAUUUUACCAUUGAAGAAAUUGCAAAAGGAAACCAAAAAGCCGACACGGGUGUAGUGUCGACACAUGAUCGGGGUGUCGACACCAUGCGUUAAGAAUCAGAUUCUGUUUCCUAAUUUGUGUCAACACGUAAUCCGAAGUGUCAGCACUAUGCGAUCAGCACCUAAAAUUCAGUUUCCUAUUUCUGUUUCAAGUCCUACUUCUAUUUCAAUUAGGGUUUCUAAAAUCCUAUAAAUACUCAUCCAAAUUCAGAAUUGAGGAGAACUUGGUGGAGGCUGGUGGCAGCCCUCUUUUGGGGCACUCUUGGAGGUCAAGAUAGAGGAUCCAUCAACAAGAAGAUCAAGGAUUUCAAUUACCUCAAAUUAGGUUUUGUUUUUCCUUAGAUAUUCUUAUGUUUAUAAUUGUAAUUUUAGAUUUUAUUAUUUUUAUUAUGAACUGAUUUAUUUUAUUAAGGCUAUGAUGUAGUCUAAUCAAUUCAAUAUAAAUUU